AUGGCCUCUGCUACACUUCAAAAUUCCGUAUCUAACCCGCCGGAGCUCGUUUUCCGGCCGUCGCCCAACUUCUCCCCGAGCAUAUGGGGCGACCUCUUCACUUCAGUUUCCAUCCAUCACAAUAAUCAGAUUUUUCACGGCGACGAAAUUGAGGAAUUGAAGAUGAAAGUGAAGAAGAUGAUCGUUGCAACGGAGCCAAGCAUGAUCGAGAAGUUGAACUUGAUCGAUAGCGUCGAACGUCUCGGGAUUUCAUAUCACUUUGAAAAGGAAAUUGAAGAGCAAAUUCAGAUUCUUCACAAUUCAUAUUUGGAAAUAAUGGAAAGUGGAGAUUUACACACUGUAGCUCUGUGUUUUAGGUUGCUUAGACAACAUGGCUGCAGCAUUUCCACUGGUAUUUUCGAAAAAUUUAGAGGAAGUGAUGGAAAAUUCAAAAUUGUUGAUGAUGAGGGAAUGCUGAGCCUAUAUGAAGCUGCAAAUUUGAGGACACACGGUGAGGAUGUUCUCGAGGAGGCGCUCGUGUUCACGAAGGCUCAUCUUGAGUCCGUUGCUCCGUUUCCGAGGUCUCCUCUCAAGGAACAAGCCGAGCACGCCUUGGAGCAGUGCCUGCAACGGGGCGUGCCAAGGGUGGAGGCUCGACGUUACAUAUCUCUAUAUGAAAAGCUCGAAUCGAGGAACAAUGCUUUGUUGAAGCUGGCUAAAUUGGACUUUAAUUUGCUACAAAUGUUGCAUAGACAAGAACUUGGUGAAUUGUCGAGGUGGUGGAAAGAUUUGGAUCUUGUUUCGAAGCUUCCUUAUGCAAGAGAUAGAAUGGUGGAGUGCUAUUUUUGGACAUUGGGAGUGUAUUUUGAGCCUCAAUAUUCUGGAGCUAGAAUUAUGUUGGCCAAAACUAUUGCUAUGAUUUCAGUCAUUGAUGAUACAUAUGAUUCAUAUGGUGCCAUUGAUGAGCUUCAAAUGUUCACAGAUGCUGUACAAAGGUGGGAUAUGAAAGAAAUGGAGAGAAUACCAGACUACAUGAAGAUAACCUACAAAGCUCUUUUAGAGCUCUAUGAUCAAUACGAGCAAGAACUAAAGCUACAAGGAAGAUCAUUCGCGGUUAAUUAUGCAAAAGCCACAAUGCAAGAGAUUGUAAGAAGCUACAACAUAGAGGCAAAGUGGUUCAUCGAAGGCUACAUGCCUCCAUUUAGUGAAUACAUGGCCAACGGCUUCAUCACAAGCACCUACUACUUGCUCGCCACCACAUCCUUCCUCGGCAUGGCCUCUGCUUCCAACGAGGCCUUCGACUGGCUCAUCAAGAAGCCGCGGAUCCAAGUAGCCAACACCACCAUAUGUCGAGUUGUUGAUGACGUUGCAACUUAUGAGAUUGAGAAGAAAAGAGGGCAAAGCGCGACGGGGAUCGAGUGCUACAUGAAGGAUAAUGGGGUGAGGGAGGGAGAGGCGAUGGAGGAGUUGAAGAAGAUGGGAGAGGAUGCAUGGAAGGAUAUGAAUGGGGAGAUUUGGAAGGAGAAAUCGGUUUCGAUGGAGAUUUUGAAGAGGAUUGUGAAUCUAUCUCGAUUGAUCGAUGUGGUUUACAAGAAUAAUCAAGAUGGGUAUACUCACCCUGAGAAAGUGUUGAAGCCCAUCAUUAAUGCAUUGCUAGUCGACUCAUUGCAGCUUUGA